GGUCAGUGAAGUUAACGUCAACCAUGACCGUUUCCUAACCCUAACUAAGUGGUUUUGUUGCCCAAACCUAACUUCCUGUGAAAACGGAAGUUUAUUUUGAAAGGACACUAUGCAUGUAACAAGCGUAUGUUGAAACGCCGUCGCUGGUCCGUCUAAAAGUAACGCAAGGGCACUUCAAGGGGCACUGACCAAUCGCCAGUAUUUGAUGAGUUGAGAGUGAGAAUGUGCUGUCGAUGCACCUGCACGUGCUCAUGCAGCAACUGCAACGCCAGUCCUACUGUUAAUAUGUCUCAAGGAUUUGUAAAAAGUUGGCCAAUUCAUUUUUAAAUACUUCAAAAACAGAUCUACGUUUGUAAAAAUAAUAUCAGUAUUUUUUAUGCUCUCCAUUAUUGUAUGUAAUGAACUAAUAAGUUCUACAGAUCUUUGUUUGAACUUUUGCAUUUGAUUAAGUGGAAUAAAAGUUGAUCAAAAUAAUCAUUUUAAAAAAUGUCCUUACAUUUCUGUAGUGUUUUAGUCGACGUACAUGACGGCGCUCAGGAGCAUGUGCAGGUGCAUAGAGCAGCGUUCACAUAAAUCCCGAAUGGAAAACGGCCUCUUCCGGUCAUAGUGCCCAGCCGCAUGGAGUCGUUUGCAACGGCGCUUAAAAGUGCCAGCUGGCAAUAAAUAACUAUAUUAAAACAUUGAACGUCAGGGAAAAGCGGACAAACAAUGACCUUAUCGGCUUUCCAUACAAAUCUGACGUCAGAAAGGUGUGUGGUGGGAGGGUGUUUCCGAAGCUUUUCAACCAUCCAAAAAGCAGUUCUGAAGAAGCAUACUGUAGUAGUACUGUAGUCGUACUGUAGCUUAAUUCCAUAAGAGAGACAGUGAGCUUCUUUUGUCUCCACAAAUGCUGGGGAGUCUUUGCCUGAUUGCCUUGAUUGUUUUUUCAUAUUUCUGAACAACUGAGCCAUCGAUGUAGUCCCAGGUCUGGCACUCAGUAUGGAAAUUAAAUAAUAUGAGCCCACAGCUGGUACCAUCUGAUAUCGCCCUGCUGGUAUAAAAAUAAGCCAAUAGCAGAUACAGGCAAGUCUAUACAAAGGGUCUAGGGUAAAGGCCUAAAUUUGGUGAAAUCAAAACUUUGUGUUGGAAUUAAAUGAAAAAUGAAUUUCACUGUAACAAUGAGUUUGUAGACAGGAGCUAUAUAAAAAAAUGUAAAUAAAAGAGACCCGUUUUAUCUAGAGUGGAGAAAGAGUUCAGGCAGCAGCUUUCAGAUGAACCUGGUCAACUUUAGCAUGUCGAGAGAACAGCUGAAGGUAAAACAUAUGAUUCUGCCUCCACAUCCUCACUAUGUCGCCGCUCUUGAUAGGUCACGUCAGAUUUUUAAACGUCUGAUAUUUUAAAGCUCCCCUCACUCCACCUUUUUUUUCUUGGGCCUGCCAAUACGUCCGACACAUCGGUCGCUUGCCCUGUUUAUUAAAAGACAAAUAUUUUUCUACGAUGUCGAAAUCAACGAGACGGGUCAGUAGGUGAGAUCAUCAGGUCCAGCAAGUCCAUCACACCAUGACUGGUGCUCCUCUGCUGGAGCACACCGCAGGAAUGUACAGUAAAUGUACUGUAUGUGGUGCAGUUCUACAAACAAUAGAAACAUAGAAAAAUAUAAAACUAUGGAAAUGCAUGAAUAAGUUUUCAAAGGAUAAAUGUGAAGCUGAAGGACUAUUAAGAGUUUCAAAUUGUGAUCAAGGAUUCAUUUGUGAUGGUUUGAAUUUUGGAAAAACUUUAACAUUUGUUUUUUUGUCCUGGCAAGAAAUUGAUUUAUUUUACUGAGUCUGUUAAACUUGCGUGCGUGCGUGCGUGCGUGCGUGCGUGCGUGCGUGUAUGCUGAGCCUGUAAACGGUUAAAAUAUCCACAAGAGGCUGCCACGCUGCCUCAGAGAGUUCCCCUGUUCUGUUCGAGGUCCUGGUCUCUGAAACACACACUGCACACAUGCACUUCACAUUUACCACAUACUGUGCAUAUACAUUACCUCACACACACACACUGCACAAACUCCCUCUACACACACUCACAUACACGUGAUGCAACUACUACGAACACAGACCCCCCUCUUUCUCUCUCACUCACACACACACACACACACACACGCACACACACAAACAUGCCGCACAUGUAUACUCAUAGUUCAUGUCUUUUUUAAAGCCUCAGUAGUCCAUGUGUAGACAGAGAGAGCCAUAGAGAGACAGAGGGAGGGAGGAGGGAGGAGUGUAUCUCCAAAGAAGAGAGAGAGUUCAGCGCUCAACUCCUCCAUAUGGAUUUGAAACCAACAGCUUUAGCUCUCCGCGUUCAGCUCUCCAAACAACAGCGCUGAGGAAAUGACUCUUUAAAACCCACCCAGCUUUGAUCCCCCUUCUUUCUUUUCACCCUCGACUUGUUUCUGAUUUGGAGGCAUGCUGCUGAAACACACUGAGGAGGGCUUUCCUCCUUCUGCCUGCGCCUCAAUGGAAACCCGGUGUGGUGCGGAGGGAGAGAAGAGAGCGCACAAGAGCCGAGGAGUAGAGGAGCGCCCUGAGGAGGAGGAGGACGAGGAGGAUUAAAGCAGAAGGGAGACAAAAACAACCACAAACAUGAGUUUACCGACUAACUGUGUGUAUCUGGCCCCCUUGGCCCAGGAUCGUUACUUCAAAGUGAGGAAUGGGAAUAUCUGCGGGUCACCGUGCGCAGUCAACCGGCCCAUCGACAUUGUGCAGAAACGCAGGCGUUUUGAUGUGGAGAAUGGCCUGUCGGUGGGUCGCAGUCCGCUGGACGCCCAGACGAGCCCGGGUUCUGGUCUGGUACUUCAGACCAACUUCCCCCACAGUCAGCGCCGCGAGUCUUUCCUCUACCGCUCCGACUCCGACUUCGACCUGUCGCCCAAAACCAUGUCCCGCAACUCGUCCACUGCCAGCGACCUGGAGGAGGGAUUGAAGCAUUGGGAAGUCAAUUGGCUACCUCGGCACGGAGAAGACAUGAUAGUGACUCCAUUUGCACAGGUUCUUGCCAGUCUACGAACAGUGAGAACGAACUUUGCUGUUCUAACACAUCUGCAAGACCGUGUAACAAACAAGCGGGCGACUAGCAGCAACCAGCCGUCCACGUGUAAGCCAUGUCUUACAGAGGAGCCCUACCAGAAGCUGGCGGUGGAGACACUGGAAGAGCUGGACUGGUGUCUGGACCAACUGGAGACGCUGCAGACGAGACACUCAGUCGGCGAGAUGGCAUCCAAUAAGUUUAAGAGGAUGCUGAACCGCGAGCUGACGCAGCUAUCUGAGACAAGCCGCUCAGGGAAUCAGGUGUCCGAGUUCAUCGCCAACACCUUCCUAGAGAAACAACAUGACGUGGAGAUCCAGUCUCCAACUUCUAAGGAGAAGGAGAAGAAGAAGAGGCCCAUGUCACAGAUCAGUGGUGUGAAAAAGGUCACGCAGAGCCCCAGCUUAGCACCCGCCUGCAUCCCCCGCUUUGGAGUCAGCACGCCACACGAGAGCCUGCUGGCCAAGGAGGUCGAGGACAUUGAUCGUUGGGGUCUGGAUAUAUUCAAGAUAGCAGAAUUUUCCGGAAACCGCCCUCUGACGGUGGUCAUGUACUCCAUCUUCCAGGAGCGAGACCUCAUGAAAACCUUUAAGAUCCCAGAUGAGACCUUCAUCACCUUACUGAUGACUUUGGAGGAUCACUACCGCGCAGACGUAGCUUAUCACAACAACAUUCAUGCAGCUGAUGUGGUGCAGUCCAUCCACGUCCUCCUGUCCACCCCCGCUCUAGAGGCGGUGUUCACAGACCUGGAGAUCAUGGCUGUUCUGUUUGCCAGCGCCAUCCAUGAUGUUGACCACCCAGGAGUCACCAACCAGUUCUUAAUAAACACCAGUUCAGAGCUAGCGCUGAUGUACAACGAUGCCUCAGUGCUGGAGAAUCACCACCUCGCUGUGGGCUUCAAACUGCUGCAAGAAGACAACUGUGACAUCUUCCAAAACCUCAGCAAGAAACAGAGAGAGUCCCUCCGAAAGAUGGUCAUCGACAUGGUGCUUGCCACAGAUAUGUCCAAACACAUGAACUUCUUGGCGGAUAUGAAGACAAUGGUGGAGACCAAGAAGGUGACCAGUCUAGGAGUCCUGCUGCUGGACAACUACUCUGACCGCAUCCAGGUUCUGCAGAACAUGGUCCACUGUGCCGACCUGAGCAACCCAACCAAACCGCUGGAGCUCUACCGCCAGUGGACGGACCGCAUCAUGGAGGAGUUCUUCACCCAGGGAGACCGAGAGCGGGACAAAGGCAUGGAGAUCAGUCCCAUGUGUGACAAACACAACGCCUCCAUAGAGAAGACCCAGGUGGGUUUUAUCGACUAUGUUGUCCACCCUCUGUGGGAGACAUGGGCGGACCUGGUGCACCCUGACGCCCAGGACAUCCUGGACACACUGGAGGACAACAGGGAGUGGUACCAGAGCAUGAUCCCCCGCAGCCCGUCGCCCACCAGCCCCGAGGAGCACCACGUGGAGGUGAUGCCAGGAGGAGGAACUGUUGGAGCAGGAGGGGCCGUCCCUUCAGGAGGAGGAGGAGGAGGAGGAGGGGACAAGUUCCAGUUUGAACUCACUCUGGAGGAAGAAGAGGAGGAUGAGGAGGAGUUGGAGUCUGACCUGGAGAGCCCACUAGAGGAGGAGUCCCAGUCGGGUGGGGAGCGGCACCGGGACUCCUCCUCCCCCUCUUUGUCCCCAGACCCCCGCAGCAGCAGCAGGUACCGUCCCCCCUCGCCUCACCCGUCUCGGACCCUGAAUCUGGCUGCCAUGUCGGUGCGGAGCCCCCACAGGAUGCUGGCCUCCGUGGGACGGGAGGGCGCCGACAGGGACAGAGAACUGAGCCAGGAGGGCGACGGGGUGGCGUGCCUACGCAUGGGCACGUAACAACCAGCACAACCUGCCCUGCCUGACAGACACGAGUGUUGGAUAUGGAGAGACGGAGGCAGGGCAGGCCUUUACCAAUAAAGUCUGUAAAAUCACUACAGUCCCUUUACACUGGAGACACCCGCUCUGCAGAACAGAGGGACGUUCCCCCUCUGUCUUAUUUUAUAUUUUAACGAGAAGAAUGGUUUCAGCCUCUCUUUGGAUGCCUGACUGUGUCCCGUCCUGCUUUGUUGUAGCUUCAGUUCAGAGCGUCCCAGACAAAGACUGCUGCAUUUUAACUGGGAAGGAGAGCGGAGCCACAGCGUGAUGCUCUAACAGGAACAAAAGGUAAAGGAAAUGUCUUCCUCCAAAAUAAGUGUUUGUGACAUUCAGACAUAAGAAUGAGGAUCGCAGUGGUCCGACAGGGUCUUGAAAUUAUUUUGCACCACAGUUUUAAUUUAGGAUAUGAAAUGACUGAGUCCGGUUGAAAGAAGUGAGUGUGAUUUCUUUGUUUGAGAAUGAUGUGAGAGAUGAAUCGUUUUACCAAAUACAGGUUGUAGAUGAGAGAAACUCGAUGGACCUAAACCUCAGGAUAUGAAGAGAAACAUAAAUCUAAUGUAGCACGGAUGUAGUGGGUAACCCUCACCUGACCCUCCACCCCAAACUGUCUCUCCUGUUUGAUUUACCUCCAAACCAGAGACUUUGUUUAACCUGCGUGUCUCUACAUUUGAUUAAAACCCUUUAAUAGAAAAUUUGGAUACUGAAGCAAUCAAAUAAUAUAUAUUUAAACCAGCUUGUAGCACCACAGAGAUUGAACACUGAAGAAGACAGUCUCACCUGUUGAAAACACAAAAGACACCAUCUGUAUAAUUAGAUUAUUUUUUUUUUACCUGAGAUGAUUUUGAAUGGUGUCAUUGUUUUAGGGUUUUGAACAGUUCUUUGUUGUACAUUUGCUGGUCUCGUCUGUGUUUAUGUGCUUGAAAAGCAUUUUUUUAUCAGGGUGCCUCCGGUCCGCAGUAGCACUUUACCGUCUCUGCCCUUCAGCUCUUCUAUUCAGUCACACAAAGGGCUUCGUCCACUGUAGGCCUACUGAUCACACAGACACAGAUCAGGACAUCUGACUCCAGGUACCAGACGGCAGAGCAGGAAACUCAACUCUUAUAUAUAUAACGGCAAUGUUCUCUAAAAUUAUCCCUGUAUAUCACCUGACAGAAAGUGCAGCAUCCAGCAAUGACAGCAAAUUAAUAUGUGAGCAAAAUAUGUGAGAAUAACAUUCAGUCUAUUGACGCCUGACAGCAGCAGGCAGAUGUGAGUUCAUUGUGUUAUUGGGUAAAACUUUUAAGGAUUUUGCUGGUGUGAUUAUAUAUUUU